CCACGUCGAGCAAAAUAAUUCCCAUUAUUUCGAAUUUUCCGUGGAAAUUACACUUAUUCUGUUGCGUUAUCUAAGUGAUUAAUAAAAUGCUGUACAGCAGCAAGUAUUUUGUCGUAUUUGCAAUUUUAUUUGCGGCUGUUUCGGCCAGAAUAGACCCAAAGAAUUUGCAGUGUUUAGUGUGCCGGACGACCUUCGAAGAGCUUAAUGAUGCGAUAAAGAAGAUCGAUAAAUGGAAAAAAGUUGAUGUUGGCAACUUCAGAAUGGAUGCAGCUGGCAAUACACUGCAGGACAAAGUUCCCGCCCAUCGCUCUGCAGUGUAUAUCUCUGAGAUGAUUGAUGGAAUCUGCAAGAAGAUGGACGACUACGUCCGAGUGUACUACAAGUCGACCGGCAAGCUGGCCAUCAUGCAGCUGGUCAUGCCCAGCGGCACAAUGAAUCCUGAGUUCAGCAAGACCACGUUCGUGACUGACGACGAUCUGAACAAGAGCUUGGAGUACUAUUGUGAGCGAAUGUUCGAAGCAAACGAGGACGAAAUCACAGAUCUGUACAAGAACCGGCCCGAGGAUGACGUCAUGCCUGAUGCUGAGAAGGAGAUCUGCUUCAAACAAGCCGGCUACUGCGAGGACUGGAUGCUGCCGACUGAGGAAGACACCACCUGGACCGAGGAGAUGGAGCGCGAGUAUGUCAAGGUGCACGGCCCAGACCCGUACGGCUUCAGUUCGUUCGGCGCCGGCGUAGGCGGGCCCGGCGGGCUGGGCGGCGGGCUGGACGCCGGCGACGACGCCGACUUCGACGACGCCGCCGGGGACCAGCUGGACGACGACGAGCUGAGGGACGAGCUGUAGUGUGGUGAUGGCAGAGUUCGACAAUAUUGUGAAGUAAAGAAGAAAAGAAAGA